UAAAACAAUUAGAAUCCAACACUAAAUCUGGGUACGUUAAGUAGUGAAGCAGGGAUAUUGGAGUUGAAAAUGAAUGACAGCUUGAAUGUGUCAGACAUGGAGGAUGAGGAGUGCUGGGUGCAGUUGGAGGACUAUAGGCUGCUGCUGAUAAAGACCAUUGAACCAUCACGUAUUACACCUUAUCUGCGGCAGUGUAAGGUACUCAGCAGUGAUGAUGAAGAACAGAUCUUUAAUGACCCUAACCUGGUCAUCCGCCGGCGCAAAGUAGGUGUAUUGUUAGACAUCCUGCAGAGAACUGGUCACAAAGGUUAUGUGGCAUUUCUGGAGAGCUUAGAACUGGACUAUCCACAUCUGUAUCGCAAAAUCACUGGAAAGGAGCCUGCUCGUGUCUUCUCUAUUCUUGUGGAUACAGCAGGUGAGACAGGACUUACACGGUUUCUCAUGAGUGAAGUGACAAGCCUACAGAAAGCCCUUCAGGAGGAGCGUUUCCACAGACAAGAGGUGUCUGCACAUGUGGCUGCACAGGAUGACACAAUUCGACAGCUGCAGAUACGGGAGAGUGAGUUGCGAAAACAGCAGGAACGUGUACAUCGCAUGCGAGAAGACCGAGACAAGUUUGCAGAAGAGGUAUGUCGCCUGAAGGAUGAGAACUAUGCCUUGCUGCGUGAUGUCACUAGGCUGAGCGAGGAGAAGAACAGUGCUCUCAUGUGCACCCGGGAUCUGCAGCUGGAGAUUGAAAAGCUCAAGCACAACCUGAUGAAUGCAGAGAGUGACUCAAAGAUCCAGCGCAAGCGGACUAUGACUCUAAAGAAUGCAAUGGAGCAGAGGCCAAGUCAGGACACGGUCUGGCAGAUUCAAAGACAGAAUGACCUGCUUAAAGCCCGUGUUCAAGAACUGGAGAGUUCUGUCCAGCAGCAUGCAACACAACCCACCCAAACAGGACAGGAGAGCGUGAACAUCCAGAGCUUGGAAGACUACAAGCAGCAAGCCCAGACAAAACAUCAGGAGCUAGUGAACAGCACCUACAUCCUGCAUAAGCAACUACGUGAGGCAGAGGAGCUGCGGGACAAGUAUCUGGAAGAGAAGGAUGUUCUGGAGCUGCAGUGUACAACUCUGGAGAAAGACUCAAAGAUGUAUCGGGAUCGCUUGGAAGACAUCUUGAAGCAGAUGGAUGAAGUGAUCAUGGAGAGAAACAAAGCCAUGAGCACCAGAGAGGUGUACCACCAGGAAAACUGCAAAAACCUUCAAGACAAAGAUCAGUAUCGGAAACAGAUUCGGGAACUUGGGGAACGAUGUGAUGAGCUGCAGAUCCAGCUGUUCCGAGCCCAAGGGGAGAUUAUUGCCAUGGAGACCAAGCUUCGCAGAGCUGGGCAGCACAUACCCAUUACUGUGACCUCUGACUUUGAGGAUGGCUCCUUGCAUAGCUGGCCAGAGCAGAAGAGCCAGACUAGUGAGGAGGAGUACAGGGAAAAGUGUGACAAAGGCCAGCUUCAUAGACCAGGGCAACUGGAGAAGGACUGUUUCCCAAUGGAGAAGAUUGUCCUAGAGGAAGAGCUGCCAGCCAAUGGCAGACCAAGAGGGAGGUGUAAUUUUCACUACAGGAGGAAGCGUGCACUGAGAACAAAGACCGCCUCAAAGGAAAAUCCACAAUAUGAGCUGUACAAUACCUCUGGAAGUGACAACUCAGACACAGAUUGCAUAUGA